CGGCCGCGGCCAGCCCGGCCCUCUGCUCCGGAAGAGGAAAGCGCAGGGCGGGCACAACGCUGCAGGAAGCACCGCCCCGCCCGGCAUGAGCGGCACAGCGGCUGCCUGCGGGCCCCGGCCCUGCGGCGGGGGGCUGCGGUCGUACCCGGCGCUGCCAGUGUGGGUGGUGGAGGACCACCAGGACGUGCUGCCUUUCAUCUAUCGUGCAAUUGGUUCAAAGCAUCUGCCUGCUGGUAACAUCAGCUUUGUUCACCUUGAUUCCCAUCCAGACCUCCUUAUCCCUGUGAAUAUGCCUGCAGAUACCGUGUUUGACAAAGAAGCACUUUUUAAUGAGCUAAGUAUUGAGAACUGGAUUAUGCCUGCUGUUUAUGCUGGCCAUAUUUCUCAAGUGGUGUGGCUUCACCCACCGUGGGCUCAGCAGAUCUCAGAGGGAAAACACAGUUUUUUAGUUGGGAAAGACAUAUCAACAACUACAAUCAGGGUUACAGGUACAGAUCAUUACUUUUUAAGUGAUGGUCUUUAUGUCCCCACUGAUCAGCUAGAAAAUCCAAAGCCUUUAAAUUUACAUGUCGUUCUCAUUAAUCCUACUGAAGCAUCAAACAGCCAGGAAGAAAAUGACAAAGAAGCAUCCACUAAGAGACUGAAGCUAAAUACAGAUGACACAGCAAACACUGCUGCUACCUCUUCAUCAGUGGCUCCUGGUGACCACGAUAGCAACUUCUCAAGUGUGAAGAACAAGGAAGUACAACAUGCAAGUGCCCUGAACAGGGCGAAAAUGUUGCCAGAAUGCUCAGCUUCAAGCUCCAUAAGAAACAAUGAAUGUCCAAUAAGGGAGGUUGCUAAAGAUAUCUGCGAAGUUCUUCAGAAUGGGAAUGCAUUUGUUUUAGACAUUGACUUAGAUUUUUUUUCAGUUAAGAAUCCAUUUAAAGAAAUGUACACAAAGACAGAAUAUGAGCUCUUACAGGAAUUGUACAAGUUCAAGAAACCUCACAGAAAUGCAACAGAGGAGGAUUUGCUGGACUGUGUUGAAAACCGUGUUCAUCAGCUAGAAGAUCUAGAAGCAGCGUUUGCAGAUUUUUGUGACAGUGAUGAUGAAGAGACCUUACAGAAGUGGGCUUCCUAUCCUGGAUUCAAACCACUUGUUCAAUUAGUACACAGUUUGAAAAGCAGAAUGGAGAGCCCAGACUAUGAAAUGGUCCAUCAGGCUGGCCUGACCUGUGAUUAUGUUGAACUUCCCCAUCAUGUUAGCACCAAAGAGGAGAUUGAAGGCCUUUUACAGUCUGUGAAGAUUCUGCUGAAAAACAUGCCUAAGCCCACGCUUGUGACAAUUGCUCGAUCAAGUCUGGAUGACUAUUGCCCUUCAGAGCAGGUUGACAUCAUUCAAGAGAAGGUUCUCAGUUUACUUGGUUUCAUGUAUGGCACUCUGGAUGUGCAUUUAGAUUACUCAAGCAGUUCAUCUUCUUUGUGACCUUUCUUCAUGCAUUGCUUUUUAAUGCUGUUGAUGAAUUUAAAUUGUGUAUUGGCUGUUAUUUCAGCAGGUGGCACUAGAGUCCAAGCUGACCAAGAGUUUAAAUUGCAUUGCAUUUUCCAAACCAGCUGCAUCUGAACUAUUACCAAUAUAGGUUUGUUCAGAUGAUUCUGCAAUUCUUAUUUUUCUGUCUUGCUUAUUCUUAACAUUGAUGCAAGAGGAACUAUUCUUUGUCCAUAGAAUGUAUUUUGUCACCUAAUUACUUUAAGUUUGCUUAGAAAAGGACAUUUUAAAAAUAAAUUGAUUUCUUUUUUGUACUUAAACUUUUUUUAUGAAGUUCAGCAAGUAACAGAUUUCUUUCUGACUUACAUUGUACUUUUAAAAAAAUAAUCUCAAAACUGCCAUUAAAACCUAAAGUUUGCAUAAGGAUCUCUCCUAACUGCUGUGCUUGAAUGGUCCAGGCACACUGCUCACAUUCUCUAGAGCAUCUUAUGGCUUCUGGCCCAUCCACAGAAUACUAUUUAUAACUUACAUUUAUAUUUUUCUAGGGUAUUUAACUGGUGACUCAGAUAAUAUGCCCAAUAUACAGACAUAGGCUUGGUCCAAGGACAAUGUUAAUACUUCUGUAAAUUCAUUUUUUUUCCUUCUUUCUGAACUGUGCUGAACAAGUAAAAAAUAAAUGUACAUGAGGAAAGAAAGCAGCCAGCGUUCAUCUGGGUUUUAUUGGGAAUGCUUCUGAUUAUAUAUUUCUGCUGUUGUACUUAGUGCAACAAAAGAAGUAAAUAUUAAGAAUUUUUUGUUUCACAACAACAAACUGUUGUAAAUUUCAGCUAAUGCACUCCACAUAACAGUAAUUCUAAAUGCAUACAAGUUUUUUUGUUGUUGUUUUGAUUCUGUUUUUUUGCAUGUUGGAUUUUUUUUGUUUGUUUUUGCUUUCUUAAGCCAAAGCACCUAGAAGCUCCAAAGUAAGACACAAUAUGUGGCAUAUACUAGAAAAUACAUCACUACAAAAUCAUAGUCUGUAAUUACUAGGAUUCUCAAUGUUCUAAUUUACUAUUAGGGGAAAGUGUUUUACUAGCCUUGAAAGCCAACAAAUCAAAUGUGGAUAGACUAAUGUAAUGAUGUAAUGUAAUGUAAUGAUACAGCACUAUUAGGAAGCAUGAUAUGAUAAUAAUGAGAUAGUUAGAAAAAGUAUGGAAAAAAGAAGACAGAAGAAAGGGGUGAGAAGGAGAGAAAGAAUCAGUAAAAAAAAAAAAAAAAAAACUGUUAUACCAUGUGUAUCGCAUAAGUAAAAACCAACAAACUAAAAGAAGAAAGGUUUUCUCACUUUACCUGACAGAAGUAAUGCCUCUUUACUGUUGAACUUAAUUUCACCAUCUGCUGACUUCUCUGAGAGCACAGAAAGGCUCAGAAAAUAAAUUAGUAUUUACAGAAGAAGAUGUGAGGUAUAAAGAAGAUUAAACCAUAAGAGAAAAGGUCUAUUGCACGCAUCUUUCAGUUAUGGAAAACAGCUUUUCUAUAUGAUUGCUUGGUAAACUCUUGGUAAACUCUCUGAUACCUGCCGGCUUUUUGCAGCCCUUGACUAUCUUAACCUGCUCCAAUAUUGAUUAACUAAUUCAGUGAAUGGCUGAAGCUGGAAAAGAACUCUGGAAGUCAUCUCCUCCAAAUACCCUGUCCCGUUGAAGCAGAUCACCCAGGAGCUUGUUCAGAUUCCUGUUGAAGAUCCCUGGAGAUCUUUGAAAGUAUUAGAAUUACUGGAGCUAUUGACUAAUGCCUGAAAUAAUACUAUCCUGAUUUAUUUUUCUUUAUUACACUUCUUCUCUAUGUACUCAAAGACUGUGUACACCCUUGAAAGUGAGCAAAGAGGGACUGAUCCCCACAGGAUAAUUUGGGUGCCUGAUUUGAGUUGAAGAACUUUUCUAAUGUGUCUUAUUUUCUCUUUUAGUAAAGUGUUAAGGAAGACGGUUCUCCUGUUUUUAGGUUCUUCAGUCAAUGGCUAAAAUUUGAUGGACUCUACUCAUAAAUAGAAGAUAUUAAACAGCUUUUGCUUAGUCUG